AUUAUUAUUUUUGUUUGCAUGAAGCUCGCAUUCAGUGCAGUGCUGGCGCUGCUGGUUCUUUGCUGCUCUGGCAUUGCCCAGGCCGACCCAGCGAUGCCCACGCUGCCCCUCCGCUACCGCGCCGUGGUCGAGACCAGCACCCGCCAUCUCAAUAUGACAAUCACCUACCGGGAGCAAUACGACCACGUCGCACAGCUCGCCCGCAUCGACAGCUACAACGGCGACCGCUUCCCAAUGGCAACCGUCUUCAUCUAUGGCAAUAACGAAGCAUCCACGCUGAUCGCGGGGUCAACCUGCCUCAAGAACACCAUCUCUGGUAACGCAAGUCCUGCUGGAAACCCGUUCGGUUUCACCUACUUUAGCUCAAACAACACGGUCGUACUGCCGCUUUUGUCCACCAUGCUCCGAUUCGGACCGCAGUACAACACCACCUACACUGGUCAAAGCUGGGUCCGCAACAUCCCCGCCGAUCAAUGGACGACCUGGCACUCGACCAACUUGACGUCGGUCGUAUACAAUGUCUUCUUCACGACUGAUACGUGGGCAUAUGCCAGCCAGGCAAACCCCGUGCUCAUUCGCUUCCAGAAGGAUGGCUGGGAAGUGGUGAACGGCGUCAACUCGUCCUUCUCCUUUGAGCAAGACUUUAUCCAGUUCAGUAGUUACGCUCAAGACCUGGACUUUGUUCUCGAGGGCUGCAGCAGCAACUACCGAACCAGCCACCCCGAGUGGGCUGGUGUCAUUGUUGGUAUUGCAUUUGGCUGCUUGCUGGGUUUGAUGCUCGCUCGCUGGUCACUACACUUUACAUUGCUAGACAAGAAGCCCGCCGCCAAGCCAGCAAAAGUUUGAUGGCGCUAGGAAAGCUGUUUUUUGUUGUGUUGUGUCCAUGUGUCAAAUAGACGAAUUAUUGCA